GCUCACACACAGGUGUUGUUGAGAAAGGCUGCAGCACUCGGGCAGGUGUGAUGGAGCAAACAGACUCCUUUGGAUUUAAAUCGUCUUGCCGCAGAGAAAGUCCGGAGUUCACGCACAGCCAAAAGGAGACAACAGCAUGAAGUUAGAGGUGUUGUGCGGAAGCCACUACGACACGAAACAUAUGGAGAUGUGCAGUUACGCAGAGGGGAGUGUGCGCUCUCCUAUGUCCGCUGAGGAGGAGCUGGGGUCGGAUGGGGACUGCGUGGUGCACAGCCCUCCUCCACCUGCAACUCCGUGCGCCGUCACCAAAUCAAAGCCGUACAUACGGAGACCCAAACCUCCAUUCUCUUACAUCGCUCUCAUCGCCAUGGCAAUCCGGGACUCCCCCCCCGGACGUCUGACUCUGGCGGAAAUAAACGAGUACCUGAUGACAAAGUUCCCAUUCUUCAGAGGCAGCUACACCGGCUGGAGGAACUCGGUUCGGCACAACUUGUCUCUAAACGACUGCUUUUUAAAGGUGCUUCGGGACCCGUCCAGACCUUGGGGGAAGGACAAUUAUUGGAUGCUCAAUCCUCAAAGCGAGUACACCUUCGCUGAUGGGGUGUUCCGGCGCAGGAGAAAGCGCAUAGAUAAAAAGGAGAGUGCAGAGGAGCUUCAGAUCGCUCAGCCGCUUGAGCCCGAACCCGCCACAAAGACUGAUUCAAGUGUCAAGUUUACGAGUUCGUUUACUAUAGAGAGCAUCCUCAGCAGGCCGUUUAAGAGGGACUUAGGCAAAGAUUCUUUACGGCUACACCAUACCUACACCUGGCCAAGCUACACUGAUCUUAUGAUGCCACAUUCAAAUACACCUGCUGCCUCUUUUGCAUACGCCAAGUCACGCAGCCUCGUGGAUUCCUUUGCUGCGCAUGUGUCAAACCAGUAUGACGCUGCGCUGCAUACACAAACACUAAGUUAUCAGAAAUAAAUCCGGGCUUUUUCUUUUCGAUUUAAAAUCAUCAACGUGCACUGAUGAUGGACAGUGGAGGGAGGACAUCAUUAUAAUGGCAAGGUGUUACACUUUCUUAUUAUUGUACCUUUGAUUUAUCCAAUCAAAGAACCAUACAGAUGUUUUAUUCACACGUUUUUUUUUGUCAAGUUUCAUUAAGCUGACUAUUAACAUUAUUUACUUUGUUGUUUGUCUCAAAAAACGUUGUAAAAUAUGCACUUUGACUGUUUUUUUCAUAUCUCUCUCAAAAAUAUGCUCUUUACAAAGAAUUACAAAAUAAAACACUUCAUGGUCUGCAU